CGCUCUCUCUUCAUCUUCAGCCAUGGGCAUCACUCGUGACAACUGGCACAAGCGCCGCGCAACCGGUGGCAAGGUCGUUGCCAUGCGCAAGAAGCGCAAGUUCAUGCUUGGCCGCCCCGCUGCCAACACCAAGAUCGGUGCCAAGCGCAUCAACGUCGUCCGCACCCGCGGUGGCAACCAGAAGUUCCGCGCUCUCCGUCUCGACGCCGGCAACUUUGCUUGGGGCUCUGAGUCUGUUGCCCGCAAGACCCGCAUCAUCAACGUCGCCUACAACGCGUCGAACAACGAACUCGUCCGCACUAACACACUAGUGAAGUCCUCGAUCAUCCAGAUCGACGCGACUCCUUUCCGCCAGUGGUUUGAGGCUCACUACGGUGUUGCCCUCGGCCGCAAGAAGGGUGCUGCCAAGUCCAAGAAGGAGGGUGAGGCUGAGGAGGAGGACGUCCUCUCCAAGAAGCGCUCCCACCACGCUCAACGCAAGAUCGAUGCCCGCAAGCCCUUGGCAAAGAUCGACGCUGCCCUCGAGGAGCAGUUCUCGACUGGUCGCCUCUACGCUGCCAUCUCUUCCCGCCCCGGCCAGUCUGGUCGCUGCGACGGCUACAUUCUUGAAGGCAAGGAGCUCGAGUUCUACGUCAAGAAGAUCAAGGCCAAGAAGACCUCCAAGUAAAACCCCCUUUUGGUUCUUGUCCCGGCCUUCUCAUGGAUGUUGCUUGUUUGCAAUCUCUUUGAUGCUUGUGUUGUCCCUAAAAAACAUGAUCAACCCAGUUUUAUACGUUGUUCCAAGGGUUCAAUCUUCUUUUGGAAGUGCAAGGAAGGAUGAGAGUGAAUUGUCAAUCCAUGAACAAAACGGUU